GUCCUCCCUCCAUCAUUGCGGGGCAGAGAAGUCUGCUCGAUAUACUCUGCUGCUGCUGCUAAUUCUCAUCCUCCAGACCGCUUUGUGAGAUGCCGAGCCUUCUGGACAUACCAGCUGAGCUCUGCGAGGAGAUCCUCUCCCAUCUAAUCAAAGCGUCCCAUCUUGCAUCCGCGGCGCUCGUCAGCAAGACCUUCCACGAAUAUUCCAUACCUCUACUAUAUGAGCAGGUAUACAUCUACCAUUGGCACGGCAACAGCAAAGCGAGGGUGGUUCUGCUCUUCAUCACUCUCUCUCGAAACGCGCAUCUGGCCUCCUAUGUUAGGAAGCUAGUCCUUACCGGCCCACCCAAGAUAAUCGCCGCCGAUUCCGAAGACCUCUUCACACGCGGCCUCAGAAACUGCAAAGCCCUCCGCUCCUGCACCUGGACGCGCGACGGAGCCCUCACCUCCGGGAUUCUUGAGGCUCUCCAGUACUGUCCCGCGCUCACCUCCCUCGAAAUCAACGGCCGGAGCGAAUACAAUUACCGCGUCGAGCUACUCCUAGGCUUCAGGAGGUUGGAAGAGGUGACGAUCAUCAUGCCGGAUGCGGGGGUGGUGGGGUGUAUGGCGGCGUGGUUGGGAUAUGUAGGCGGCACGCUGAGAAGGCUGACGUUGAUCUGUAAGGCUUCUCCCCUGAUUACGGACGACACGCUCAAGACGUGGGCCCCGCACCUCGCAAAUCUGGAGCAUUUCUCGCUUGUUGGGUGCCCGAAAGUCACACACGAGGGUAUAUGGAGCGUCAUAUCGAGCAACAAGCACGGCAUUCGCAGCCUGGGAUUGGAGGGUCUUGCACUUCGCUUUAGUCUCGACUCGCUCACCGCUCUCUGCACGCGAACCCCCGUCCUCGCACGCCUUACCUCCAUCACCCUUACAAUUGGACCUCAUAUGCCCGUCAAAAAGUUUUCAGAUGAGGCGCUGGCGCUCCUGACCCCGUGCCCCCUCGAGCGUGUCCACACUUACUCAACGGGGAAGGUUAUCGGGCUGAACGAUUCGAGGUUUAGCAUAGAAGAGGGCGACGAGGAAGCCACCAUGGACGCCCUAUCCACCCAACUGAGCAGUCUAAUCGUCUCGGGGACGCAUCAGUCGGCGGCAAUCACGUCUCAGCCGUCCGCCCCCAAUGCUAACCCGACGAUCAGCACGACCACCUCAACUCAAAAUGCUUUGUCUUCGACCGCCGACGCUUUUCCGCACUCCAAUCCCACCGACUCCUUCUGCCUCCGCCUCGUUGCUCUGCAUAGUCAUCGCCUCACCCGCUUCGCGGUCUACAAGAUGGUGCUCAGCCUGCAGGCGAUCGAUGCGAUAUGCGCUGGGUGCCCGAAGUUGGAGCAGUUGUUUGUCGUGGUCGAAAGGGGGGAGAUGACCACGAUCGCCUCCUCCCUCGCCAAAGCGCCCCGACUGCGCUCCGUGCAUAUCAAUUUCCCUCAGGACGCGCACUCCCCGCCUCUGGACGCGAAUAUCAUCGAGGCACUCGUCGUGCCUCGCUGCGGAUCGUCACUCAGGCAAUUUGGCUGCAAUACAAAGGUUUGGCAGAUCGAGCGAACGGUCGAGAGGAAAGCCGAUGGAACUGACGAAAUUCGGACGCACUUAGGCCCGUAUGAACGACUGGAGGUGCCGGAGCAAUUUCUCGUCGUAGUCAGCCAGAAUGGAGGAGUGUACGAGAGCAUCAGCGAGCGAGCAGGCCUUCACCUCCACCUCUUCCUCGUCUACUCCUCCCGCCUCUUCGCCACCCGCGGCUCGUCCGCGCGCUACUGCUUGAGCCGUCGGUGCUCCUCCUGCCGCCUUAGCCGGCCGAGCCGCUUGCGACCCGAGAUCUCGCGCGCUGUGCUCUCCUGCUUCCCGUGCCCGAUGUUUGCGCUGCUGCCGCUCGGAUGUUGCAUGCUCGAUCUCGAGCUCGAGGAAGGCCUUGCGCGCAGUGUCUUGCUCUUGCUCGCGGCGCCGCUCGACUUCGCGUUCUGCCUAGGGGCGACGCUGGCGCUCGUCUUCGUGUUGAAGGGCUUCCUCGGCCUCGCAGUCAUGCUGGGGCUGCUGCUCAUUGCAGCGGCAUGCGCGCGCUUGGCGGGGUCGCGAAUGAUGACGACGGAGGCCCAUUCAAAGGGCGUCCGAUGCGCGAGCGCGGACUUGCGCGACAGAGCGACGAAGGCACUGGAGAUGUCCGUGGAUUCCCGCGGCAACUCGAUCAUGGUCGGCGUGCACACGUCGCCGCUGUGCGCGUCACUCGCGGACAGCGCGUCACUCGUCGUGAAGGACAGCUGCUCACAUCUCCGUCCUCUGACCUCAGCAGCAGCAACGGUGUGGGCGAAAGUAGUUGCUCGCGUGCACAGGGUAGUGGGCGAGUACUCGUGUGUCACGGAGACGACGGGAUCCGCGCCGUCUGAGGUGCCGCUUACCGACGAAGGAGGAGAACGUGCUCCUCACGCGCGAGCGCAAAGGGAGCGGCAGCAAUUGCAACCGAGGCAAGGAAUCCUGCGCGAAGAAGGAUCGGCGCGGCAAUUCGAACUUGUCUGCUUCAUGAUUGGCGAGGGCGGCAGUCCUUGA